GGUUCUCUCCAAACUUACACCUACCCGCCCACUUCCUGGAGCUGUUUGUACUUUAUCUGAGCUGGUUGUUAUCUCUCGGAAAACAUUUUCCCAGUACGUCCGCACUUUUUACUCCAUUUGAACAGCAACAUGAAAAAUGGCCUGAGGAACAUGGAUUGCUAUGAAGACAAAGAAUACGCCAGCAGCUUUUAGUAUACACUGGCUGGUUUCAGUCUUGAUGUAAAUUCACAGGCUUUCGACUUGCAUGGACCUUGAUGAGCAAAUGGACACAUAAGGGAGCGAUGCAAUGCGGCUGUCCGUUCGCCGGGGAGCCACACUGCUGCUGUGUGUGUUUGGGUUGUACAUUGCUGGAAAUGCACUGUAUAAGGUGUUCAUGUGCCAGAGCAGGUUGGCCCGUAGCCGCAAGGUGUCCGUCCUAGUUAAGGGCAGCAACCAGACUCGGUUCCAUUACAGCCAUCUAUCACCCAUGGUGUUUGUGGGUGGGGUUCCCCGCUCCGGGACCACUCUGAUGCGGGCUAUGCUGGAUGCCCACCCGCUCAUCCGUUGCGGGGAGGAGACUAGGGUCAUCCCCAGGCUUCUAGGACUGCGUCAGGGCUGGAAGAGGCAUGGGGAGGAGCGCCGGAGCCUGGAGGAAGAGGGAGUCACUCAGGAGACACUGGAUGCUGCCACCAUGGCCUUCCUGCUGGAGAUAAUUGCUCGCCAUGGAGAACCAGCACCACUGCUCUGCAAUAAAGAUCCAUUCACACUUAAGAGCUCCAGCUACCUCUCUGAUAUCUUUCCCAACUCAAAAUUUAUUCUCAUGCUGAGAGAUGGACGGGCUUCAGUGCACUCCAUGAUCUCCAGACGGGUGACCAUUGGUGGCUUCGACAUCUCCAGCUACAGAGACUGCCUUACUAAGUGGAGCCAUGCAAUAGAGGCCAUGCUAUUUCAGUGCACACUGGUUGGGCCUAAUCGCUGCCUGACUGUUCGCUAUGAAAGUUUGGUACUACAGCCAAGGACCACAAUGGUGAAAGUGCUGCGGUUCUUGGGUGUGCCAUGGCAUGAAGGGGUGCUUCACCAUGAAUUAGCCAUUGGGCAGCCUGGAGGAGUUUCCCUAUCUCGAAUUGAGCGUUCCACUGAUCAGGUCAUCAAACCGGUCAACCUGGAGGCAUUAACUCGCUGGGUAGGCCAUAUUCCAGCAGAUGUACUAAAAGAUAUGGAGAACAUUGCUCCGAUGCUAAGCAGGCUGGGCUACGACCCUAGUGCCAACCCCCCAGAUUACGGCCAACCAGAUCCGGAAGUGAUCAAUAACACAGAAAAGGUACUGAGGGGAGAUUUCAAACUUCCAGCAAAUCUGAAAAGACCAUCACACGAGAGCAUGUCAGAAGCAUCACACACGAGAAGAUGAAAACGCGUAAAGAUGCAGAUCUUUGUGAAGACGCUGACUGGUAAGACCAUCACUCUGGAG